AUGAAGAGACCAGAACCGCCUACAGUUGGGAAGCGACUCACGAAACCACCACCCACACGAUCUCCUGCCCAUCAGCUCAAUACUCUUCAGGAGAACGACAACGCGAACAUAAAUUCAGCAGUACGUGAGUCAAAGAAUUCUGAUUACUUGGACGCGUCCUUUGAACGGACGGUGAGGACUAGCGAAUUCGAUCUGGCCCUCGACAAGUAUUAUGACGUCAAAAGUCUCAAGUCAAUCAAAUCAGCACAAUCCGGACCGUCUGUUUUGAACUCACAAAGCCCACGAGCCCAUGAUCCGAAAUCCACGGAAAAUGCGUUGCGGAAGAUGUCGUCCAGUGGGUCUGCUGGAGGCUGGAGUAAGGAAACAUACUUGUCUCCAAGAACCUGUGCUCGUCCGAAGCCAGACCGCAUCUCAAACUCAUCAAACAGACGCAAAUCUGACUCGCGGGAAGGCUUGGCCGUUGAAAAGGGUUUGAUGUCAAAGAAAAGCAGCAAGAGCACAUUGAGGAAUGUGGAUUUAAACAGUUCCAGCGUGCUGUGCCUUUCGUCCUCAGAAGAUGAGAGCGAUGGGGAUGAGGCGCCGAGCAAGAGCAAAGGCGAACCUCACAAUCUUGCAGCAAGAGACAGCAUCAUCACGUUUGAAGAAGAGUUUGACGCAGAGAUCUGUAUGGCCGCCGCGGCGCAAGCUACACGGGGCUCGACAUUACGACGGGUGGACAUAUCUAACUCGUCCAGCAAGCGUAGCUCACAGACUCUCCAGCAACACUCAUCUGUCCAUCGAAACCCAUCAAUGUCUUCAGCGGGCAAAUUAUCUUCUGCGACAAGGAAAAGCCGGUCUCGUCGGUCAAGCGGCAUACCUACCAUCUCAGAGCCUGAUAAUGAUGAUAUCUUCCGCCAGUUCAGGAAUCCGCCCCUAUCUCAAAAAGAACGCGACAGGAGAAGUCGAGUGAUGACAGUGACAAGGCAGGAAGAGCAUCUUCUCGAGGCGAUGAGACAGCGAAAAGGGAAGAUCACACCCAGUCUAUUUCAGGAGGCACAGUAUAACACCAGCGUCGAGCCUGACCAGGGUUCAUUGCUUUCCGCACCCUCCCGUGACUCUUUCUACGGCUCGCACACCUUUUUGCGAUUAAGUCCCGGGCUGCCACCUCAUCCAUCACGGGCAGAUCAAGGUGCAACCCACCAUGACAAGGACGGUACUAUUUCUCAGGGCGCUGCUUCUGAUGCUGAACAGAAAACCAUCAACUCAAGUCGCGCAAGCCUGGCGUACUCUGAAAGCCUACCAUCUCCCGCUACCAGCGCAGCGUCUCCACUGACUCCAACACUGCCUAUACACCGAUUCUCGCCACUUCCAUCACAGAAACCGCCCCCACGUCGUCCUCCUCCCUCCGUGCCUCAAGCUCAGAAAAGGCACUCUAGAAGACGCACAGAUAGCAGCGAGGCGAUCGUCUUAGGCGAAGCUGAAGAGUCGGGGGAGGGAAAUGAGUUUCCUAUCUGGGCGCUUGAAUGGAACCACGACGGUCGCAGUUUAGCUGCUGUACACUAG